GAGGUUUUAAUAUGGCUGCUAGAUUUCCAAUUUGCAAUUCUUUCGGUAGGUCUCGACAUAAUAAUCAGGAAUAUCAAUAGUUUUCUCUCUUCUGCCUCAUUGAUUUCGGAGAGAUGCAGAGCGAGAGUGAUUCAGACAAUGAGUUCUUCGAUGCUGCAGAAAAACUUAAUAUAUCCGAGUCUUCCACUUUGGAUUCGAGAGGGCCAAAGGAUGAAAAGACCGCACAAAAGGAUCAAGUUGAUGGACCAUAUAGAAAUCAUUCAACUGAUAUUUCUCUGAUAGACCCAAUUCCAGGAGAAAACUCAGCUGCAGCAGAAAGUUCUGUGGUUGAACAAACAAAUGAGGCAGAUAUUAUCAAAACCCAUGGAGAGAGCACUGCUUUGAAUCAGUCAACUAGUGAUUUAGCUGACAGAAAAGAAACCAGUGAUACGUCUUUACUAAGUGACAUGAUUCAUAAUGAUUCUAAACUUGAACCAGAAGAAGUAACAGAUACAAAUAGUUCAACAGACUGUCACAGUAAGGCACAGGCUUGUUUAGGUGAAGGUGAAUUACAAAAUGAGGAAAUAGUGUCUAAGGAGACAAUUGAAAACACUGUCACAAAGGAGGAUGUAGGGUCUGAUGCUACUGAUAAGAAAAAGACAGAAUUUGCAAAGAGCAAAACAGAUGCCAGUCAGAUUAUUGCUGAUGUUGUUGAGAGUAUUGAACAGGAUAGUGCACCUCCUAUAGCUCCUCCAAGAAGACGGAAGAAAAAGAAGAAAGCUUCCUUGGAAGACCAGACACCUGGGUCACCUACACCUUCAGAAAGCACUGGGCCAGAUUCCACUGUCACUACUCCUACAGAACCAGAAACACAUAUUCCUGCAAGAGCUUUUGCCAAACCAGUUCUCUCUAAUGAACAAGAUGGCAAAACAAAAGAACUUGAAUUGCUAACAACUGAAUCUAAUCAAGACGAUCCUAGCAUUCAUGUUGAUGCAAAUAACAAGGAGAUGAAAACUGUGUUAGAUAGAACAAGUUCAACAGAAGUUAUACCUGCAUUAAGUUUAGAUUCCAGGCUGAAAUAUGGCAGUGUGGCCUCCAUUAAUAGAUCAGAUAGCUAUGCAAGCGUUGCAAGUAAUCUAUCAAAUGGUAUUUCUGAGAAAGCAGGUUCAUUCACUUCUGUUGCUAGUACUUUAUCGGCUCAUCAGCCUCUUGGAUCUCAUCAUGGUUUAGUGCGGUACAGAUCAGCUUCAGGAAGACCCUUGUCUGACAUUGAAAUUUUAGAACAGGUGAUGGUAAAAAACCUAGAUACUGGAGAAGCUGUACCACUGAGUGUAGCAGAGGAAAAAUUACCAAAAUGUACCAACCCUUUGGCUUUACAAAUCAUGAGAUUAACUUCUGAAUACUCAAGCAAUCCAGACCUUACAAACCAAGAUCAUGAGGAUGGACUAGAACGAAAAGCUGCAAAGACAACGAAAAAAUUGAAGAAAUUUUUUGGGAAAAAGGCAAAGAAGGCAGAUAAACCUGCAAAAGCUCGCAAAGAAGACAGCUCUUCCAGUGAUGAAGAAACGCCUCAAGAUUCUCCAGCUCCUCUUAUCAAGAUAAAAUCUGGUCAUGGUAAAGGUCCAUCUGAGUUUGAAAAGUUGAGCAUUCUGCAGGAUCUUAGUGGGGAGCAUGUGGGAGCUGUGUGGACUAUUAAGUUUACUCUCUGUGGCAGACUUAUGGCUACAGCUGGUCAGGAUCAUAUGGUGAGAGUUUGGGUGCUUAAGGAAUCACAAAACUAUUUUGAAGAAAUGAGAGCAAAAUAUUCCAAGACAGGUGAUAAUUCAUCCUCAGAACAAGAACCAAAUUCAGAAGAAUACUCACAAAUGGAGGAAACAUUAAAAGGAGGCGAAGAGAGUGCUGCAAGUGCAGAAGAGGGGCCAACAGAAACCAGUGAAGCCAAUGAAGAGCCUGCUGCAGAAGCCCCUGUUGAAGAAGAUCUGGGCCCAUAUAUGAAAACACCUCUGUGUACUUACUGUGGUCACACUGGAGAUGUACUUGACUUGUCUUGGUCAAAGAACUACUUUCUUUUGUCCUCAUCAAUGGAUAAGACUGUAAGGUUAUGGCACAUCUCCAGAUCUGAAUGUCUCUGCUGUUUUCAACAUAUAGACUUUGUGACAGCUAUUUGUUUUCAUCCAAGGGAUGAUCGGUAUUUCUUAAGUGGUUCACUCGACGGAAAAAUUCGUUUAUGGAACAUACCAGAUAAGAAGGUAGCAUUGUGGAAUGAAGUAGAAGGGACAGGGAGUAACUUAAUUACUGCUGCAAAUUUCUGUUUGAAUGGCAAAUUUGCCGUAGUUGGUACGUACGAUGGACGAUGUAUCUUUUAUGAAACAGAGCGACUCAAAUAUCAUACACAGUGGCAAGUGAGAGCUGCAAGAAACAAGAAAGCUCGUGGCAGAAAGAUUAGCGGCAUUGAACCCAUGCCAGGUGAAGAUAAGGUUCUUAUCACAUCAAAUGAUUCAAGAAUAAGACUUUACGAUCUCAAGGACAAUUCUCUGAACUGCAAAUACAAAGGCUGUGUGAAUACCAGCAGUCAGAUCAAGGCGGGUUUUAGUCACGACGGUCAGUAUGUCAUAUGUGGCUCAGAGGAUCAUUUUGUUUACAUCUGGAGAACCCAACACGGAUUUCCAUCCUCCAGGAGAGACAAGAACGAGUUUUACGAGAGCUUUUCAGCUCACGCUGUCGUGGUGACGGCAGCAAUGUUCGCCCCAGUUCCCUGGCUUAUCGUUCCUCCAGACUCGAGCGUUCAUCAAAGUACGACAGAGGUACUUGUGACCGCUGACUGGAGCGGUGCUAUCAAACUGUUCGUGAACAGAUGACACGCAGCUUCCCUUAUUUGGAAUAUCAGUGGAAACUGUUCCGCUGGUCUAGAAAGUCCUCGUCUCGUGGUCAUUCAAAUUCACUGUCUAACAUGAUGGUCCAUCCAGAUUGUGCACGGAAACUAUGUGGACAACUUUCUUAGCGUAUCUUAGACGAACACUAGUGAACAGUGACGUCGUAUCAUUUGCGGUUCUUUCGGUACUCAGUUUUCUGUAUCUGGUACGCGGCACGGGAGUGCAAUGGGUGAUGGGAAGAGGACCGGGGAAGAGGACCGAGAAAGAUGACCUCCAUCUCGCUCCUUUUGGCUUUCACCUUACCCGUCUGCCUCACGCUUCCAUGCUAUUUCCGUUGGCUGCAAUUGCUAUAAAGACUUGGACAAAUGUGGGCUGUAUUCAUUCCCUUUUCAGUAAAAGCAAACAGACAACAUUUUUGAAUACAACCAUAUUCUUAAGAUCUAGUGAACUCAUCCACGUAGGGAAGGAAUUCUUCCUACGGAAAAUGCAAUGUAUCUUCGUUCGCUGGAUUUGAUGCUACACUGCUCAGACUAUAUAAUUUGCUGAAAGAAAGGGAUGUGUUGUUCGAUAUCCAGGCCACGCUAGUCUCCGUCAAAAAAUUGUUAACAGACUUGAAUAUAAAGCAAUCGAGUGAAAAGCUAUCUUGAAGCUGUGGAAAUCGAUCGACAGGGGUGUUUUUGUUUGGGUCUAUAUUUUUCCUGGUGGAUUCUGACAGUCGACUGGGGACAUAAGUUAUUUAAAAUUUCUUUACAGAUUCGAAAGCCAAAAUUAUUAACGUAACUAUAGUUCUAAUUUUGAAAUAAUAUGGUCCUAGCUGUAAAAUUGGACAGAUCAGUCAUAUUGUAAUUCUAUUUAAGAGUGAAUUGGCAGGGAAUCGACGUUCAUUUGAAUUUUUUUCUUUUAUUUUUUGCUUUCAUGUGCGACGGGAAAUGAACCGAGGAUCCUUGUGGUAAUUGUCGUAAUUAAAUGCUUCAGACGUGAACGCGUUCUGAUUGUCUUCUAUCAAUUUAAUGGUAGUUUCCUGUUCAAUUUCAAAUGACUUGUGUGUCCAAGCGUCAUUUUAUUGACGUGAAAGGUACUGAACCUAAUAAAUUAAACUUCAUAUAUGAAAAGAUC